CAAAACAUGCUUACUCGCACAAGCAACGACACAGAGCGAAUUUCUUCAAUGGAAACUCCACGGAGCUACGACAACAGGAACGACGACGUUUCUUCGCCGCCGGUUUCUUGGGUUAGAGGGAAGUGCGUCGGCCGAGGCUGCUUCGGUACCGUCAACGUCGCUGUUAAAAAAUCCGACGGUCGUGUUUUUGCUGUGAAGUCCGUCGAUCUUGACACGUGUCUUCCAGGUCAGAUCGAGUCCUUAGAGAAUGAAAUUCGGAUCCUCCGCUCGCUUUCUGGGAGUCCCUAUGUCGUGGGGAUCCUCGGAGAGGACGUUACGGCGUCGUAUCGGAACCUCCAUAUGGAGUACUUGCCGGGUGGCACGGUUGCUGACAUGGCGUCGACUUCCUCCCGUCUCGGCGCUGACGUGGACGAGCUGCUUUUGCGGCGUUACACGUGGUGCGUUGUCUCUGCUUUGCGACAUGUACACUCCCGGGGAUUCGUGCACUGCGACGUGAAGGGAAAGAACAUUCUUGUGGGGCCUAGCUAUGGCGCGGCGAAGCUCGCGGAUUUCGGGUCAGCGAUGGAGCUCACCCGUGGAGUUGCCAGGUCUGCGGCUCCAAUUGUUCCACGUGGAAGCCCGCUGUGGAUGGCGCCGGAGGUUAUCCGACGGGAAUACCAAGGACCCGAGAGUGAUAUAUGGUCUCUCGGCUGCACCGUUAUCGAGAUGCUCACCGGGAAACCUGCCUGGGAGGAUCGGGGCUUUGAGACACUGAGCCGCAUCGGAUUUUCCGAGGAGUUGCCUCGUUUCCCAACUCAACUAUCGGAGCUUGGUCGCGAUUUUCUAGAUAAGUGUCUGAGGAAAGAACCCAGCCAACGAUGGACCUGCGAUCAACUGUUGGAGCAUCCGUUUUUAUCACACUGUUAUACACCCAUAGAGUCAUCUCCUCGUUGCGUACUCGACUGGGUCAACUCAGAAUUCGAAGACGAAGAAGAAGAGCGAGAUUCGGCGACUCAGUGGGAUGAGAUGACUCGUGAAAUUUCAGCGAAAGACAGAAUCGGUAAAUUAGUGACAACUAGAGGGAAAAUUUGGGAAUCAGAUGGUUGGAUGGCAGUGAGGGAUAGCACUUUGGAAUCACCAGGAGUCGACUGUAGUGAGAGCGAAGAGGCAGGGAGAAAUGCGGCAUAUUUGAAUUUGACGAGGGUAGAAUUGGAAACAGAAAGUGCAAAUUCGGUAUAUUCUUGGGAAUCCGUGAGGAGGACAGCAGAAGAACGAAAAGCGAAAAGCUCAAAAUGGGAUUUUCGUAAUUUCGGCGGCAACAGGUUGCAGGAGCGGGAAGGCGGUAAAAUGUACGAAUUUUUACCGGGUCGGGUCGGGUUAAUCAAAACGCGGCGUCGCAUGGGUGGCUUCAGCUGUCAGUAUGGGUCGGGAAACGUGGGUUUUGCGGUGGAGGAGCGAGGGAUGGGCCUUUUAUAUUGGAUGUGCUCCUCAAUUUACCCACGUGAGUGA